GUAUAUAAACCCAACAUCCACGUCCGAUUUCACUUCCACGAGGCAGAAAUAAAAUGUCUACAAAACUAACGAUUCUCUUUUUUGCCGCGUUCCUGUUCGUGGCUCGUGCAGUCCCGGUCUCCGAGAACGACGACGAUGUCGAUGACAUCAUAGAGGAAGCUGAACGCGCAGACGACAAUAAUGUCGACUUGAGUGAUUUGACCGAGGAGGACUUCCGUGAUAUCGUGCAGCAUGUCCAGGAAAAUCUCAGACGAGCAGUCGAUGAAAUGAGUUUAGACCAGGUUGAGAUGGUGCAGGAUAAAAAACGCCUUGAGAAAAGAGGCUGGUCAGCCGGAAAGAACGGAGUAUCGUGGCAGAACCGCCGAGGAAACAUGCGCUUUAACAUCCGACCGACGUUCAGCAACGGUGGGGGAUUUAGGGCGCGUUUCACGUGGAGAUUUUAAAUUUAGCUGUUUAUCAGCUAACAGCUCUGCAAGACCAUAAAUAUAUUAUUAAAAUAUU